AUGAGUCUUAUACCAACUGACCCUAACUUAAUAGAAAUAUUCCCACCACCUAACCAAAACAAACCAAAUCUAGAAGCAAUGCUCCAAAUACACCCAGCCUUCAUACAAAAUCAGGACCUUACACCAAACUAG